UCCUUCCCAGGAAUCCCUGAAAGACUUUUGGGGCUGAUGUGAGAAUCUAUGAUGGGUUUCUGUGAGAUGAUAGAAAGCCACAUCUCAUCCAUAAUGUCAGGAAUUAUUCGAAACUCAGGGCAAAAUCACCACCCCUCUCCACAGGAAUACAGGCUCCUGGCUGCCACCAGCGAUGAUGACCUUCCUGGGGACCUGCAGUCGCUGUCAUGGCUUACGGCUGUGGACGUGCCGCGGCUGCAGCAGAUGGCAAGCGGCCGCGUGGACCUGGGCGGUCCCACUGCUCCACACGCACACCCAGGUGCCUUGGCUGGGGUGGCUAACCUGCAUGUGGGAGCCACCUCAGGUCCCCUGCUCCAUGGCCCGGCUGGCAUGGCCCCCCCAGGCGUGCUGGGCCUGGGCCCCAUGGCCAACCACAGAGCCAGCAUGAACCAGUUCCCUGUGGGGGGCCAGCCCUCAUCCAGCCUGCAGGACCCACCACAGCUAUACUCUCCAGCUUCCCAGCCACAGUUCCAACUCCCCCCAGGCACCCAGCAGUGCCCUCCUGUGGGCCUGUAUGGCUCCCCGUUCGGGGUACGACCUCCCUACCCCCAGCCCCACAUGGCUGUGCAUUCAUCUCAGGAACUGCACCCCAAACACUACCCCAAGCCCAUCUACUCAUACAGCUGUUUGAUCGCCAUGGCCCUGAAGAACAGCAAAACAGGCAGCCUGCCUGUGAGUGAGAUCUACAGCUUCAUGAAGGAGCACUUCCCCUACUUCAAGACGGCGCCCGAUGGCUGGAAGAACUCCGUACGGCACAACCUGUCCCUGAACAAGUGCUUUGAGAAGGUGGAGAACAAGAUGAGUGGGUCCUCGCGCAAGGGCUGCCUGUGGGCCCUGAACCUGGCCCGCAUUGACAAGAUGGAGGAGGAGAUGCAUAAGUGGAAGAGGAAGGACCUAGCCGCCAUCCACCGGAGCAUGGCCAACCCCGAGGAGCUGGACAAACUGAUCUCAGACCGGCCAGAAAGCUGCCGACGCCCUGGCAAACCGGGGGAGCCUGAGGCCCCUGUGCUGACCCAUGCCACCACGGUGGCCAUGGCCCACGGCUGCCUAGCUGUUUCCCAGCUCCCACCCCAGCCACUGAUGACCCUGUCCCUGCAGUCUGUGCCCCUACACCACCAGGUCCAGCCCCAGGCACAUCUCGCUCCAGACUCUCCUGCCCCAGCCCAGACCCCACCCCUGCACGCCCUGCCAGACCUGAGUCCCAGCCCCCUCCCGCACCCCGCCAUGGGAAGGGCUCCUGUGGACUUCAUCAACAUUAGCACCGACAUGAACACCGAGGUGGACGCCCUGGACCCCAGCAUUAUGGACUUUGCUCUGCAGGGGAACCUCUGGGAGGAGAUGAAGGACGAGGGCUUCAGCCUGGACACGCUGGGGGCCUUCGGAGACUCCCCUCUUGGAUGUGAGCUGGGGUCCUCAGGCCUGACCCCGGUCUCCGGCGGCAGCGACCAGUCCUUCCCGGACUUGCAGGUGACAGGUCUGUAUACUGCAUACCCGGACAGUGUGGCCGCGUCAGCCGCCACCUCCUCCUCUCAGUACCUGGGCGCCCCAGGGAACAAGCCCAUAGCCCUGCUUUGA